GAGAAGGGGGGAAAGGGAGUCUGGGGCGGGGGUCUCGCUGGGCCCCAGUGGCGCGCUCGGAGCCCCCUCCACGCUAACGUAGAGACGCCGCGGAAGGGGCCGGCCCCGCGCCUCCGCCAGGGCAGCUCAUCAGGCCUCAGUUUCCCUGGCUGGGGGAAAGUGAGCCCCGUGACGCACCGGAAAGCGGGGGAGAGCGAGAGCGCGGCCUGCCAGUCUUAGACCCCGCCGCGUUUCCGCGCCCCCGGCUCCGCGUCCCACCCAACGCCCUCCACUUCCCCUCGACUCCUGUCCCCGCGACCCCCCUCAGCGCACGCGCCAUCAUGACGCCCAUUGUUUCCCGGCCCAAGGGCCCUGCGCGCACAUUCUAGUGCGUGGGGGCGGGCCGAGGCGGCGCUUCCGCGUAGGCGGUGCGGGGUGUGACGUCGCCGCGUUCUGACGUCUCUCCCCGGGGAGCGCGGUUGCCCGGGUGACCGGGAAAGCCGUUUCCGACCCAGCGGAGCCGAGGUCGAGGUAUUUGUCUUCUGCAUUUUGGGAAGUGCGUCUUGGGAAAGUAUGGACCGGCAUAUUCCCAUGCAUGCAUUGCCUGAAGAAAUCCAAAAGAUGUCCCAUGAUGAGACAGUCUGUAAAUAUUGUGGAGUCAGUUAUCUGAUCCUUCAUGAAUUUAAGCUUAUGGAAGAGAAGAUUAAAGCUAUGGAAGCAGACAUGAAAUUUUAUCAAGGAAGUGUUGACCGGGAAAAGUCACUCCAAGAAAAGCUGCAGUCUCUUAAACGAGAUUUUCAACAGUACAAGGCUAAUGGUGAAGCCCAAACAGAAAGAAUUAAAGAUCUAAGCAUGCAGUUAGAAAAGCAACAAAAACAAUUUCAGAGCGUGAAUGAAGAACUGAGACAUUAUCAAGAGGAGCUAAAAGUCGCACACAGACAAUCACAACAGUACAGUAAGAAGCUGGAGCAGCACCAUGUGAUGCACAAGAAGACACUUAUGUUACUCAAGUUUUCUAAGAGAGAACUAGCAAGCAUUAAAAAUGAAGUCACUUACACGCUCCAGAAUUGGGUUUUCCUGAGUGAGGAAAUGUCGCUACAAAUUAAACACAUCAGUAAAGAAACAGUUUUGACAGAAAUGGCCAAUCUGAAUAAAACGUUAUCAGUGGUCCAGAGAGAUAAGAAACGCCUGGAACAGGAAGUGAAAAGUCUCAAGAUGAUGUCGGAUGCAGCUUUGUUAAAAUCACAGCAGAUUGAGGUGAUAUGCCAUCAAGGAGUAGGCUUGCUAAACAGAUGCCAUGACCUCCAAAAGGAAAUACUAGAUUUACAAAGUCAAAUAGAGGCCAUGGGACUGAAGUUUCAGAAGGCAACCGAUGAAGCUGAGCGGUACAAAGAAAUGUUCAUGACUAAAUCAGAUGAAGCUGAUGAGUAUCAGAGAAAAUUUAGAACGCUGAAGUUUGAAAGCAAAAUUUCUGAAACACGACAUGCUAGAGAGCUAAAAGAGAAGGAAGACUCUCUGCUGGCUUGUCAACAAAUGUGCAAACAUUUACAGGAAGAAGUGGCUGCGAAAGAGAGGCUAGAAGAAAACUUGAAGAGGAGAGCCAGCCUCUCAGAGAAUGAAUUGGAAAUGACAAAAAUCCUUCUGAAUCAGGCAAAGGAAGAGAUUAUGUCGCUGAAAAACGAAAGGGAGUUAUUGCUGAUUUCACAUCAGAAUAGACUUGAGCAGCUGCAGGAAAACUUCAGACAGAAGAUGCUGAGUGAUGAUAACUGGAGAGAGAAGCUUGAAGCGGAGCUGAGCAAGGAGCGGGCCCGGCACAGCGCCGAGUACCGGGAGCAAGCUCUGCGGCUGAAGGAGGAGGCCAACCUGGAGCUCGCCAUCGAAAGGGAGAAGCACCAGGAAGUUGUCAGACAGUGCCAGAAGGAGCAGGAGAGGCUCCAGAAGAAGAUGGCCGACUUAAUCGCCAGCGCUACCGACGACCUCAGGACGGAAGUUGCCGCGCUCGAGAAGCAGCUGCAGGAAGCCCAGAAGCGCCUCGCGGAAAAAGCCGCGUGCAGAGAAGAGGAGAUUGAGAGCCUUAAGGCUCUGGUGGCAGAGUUUGAGUCCCGCCUGAGGAGGGAGAUGGACAACUAUGACUCUGCUUUAGGGGAUCUGAGGAAGGAGAUGAGGCAGAAGUCAGAGGAGCUAGAAAAGGUGACGCAGGAGCACGCCCAGCUGGUGCGGCAGCUCACGCAGGCCCAGGAGGAGACCACUUUUCUGCAGGAAACAGUGAGGAGAGAGUGUGAAGAACGCUUCCAACUGACUGAAGCUCUGAGCCAAGCCCGUGAGCAGCUGCUGGAGCUCCAGAAGCUCAAUGGGAGCUUCCCUUUAUCCCGCUCUUCUCUCAGUCAGGGCAACCUAACCUCCCCCACUUCGAUGGUCAGCAAUGGAGACAAAAGCCACUCCUGCCCACUUCCUGGGAGAGGAAUCAAAAUCCCCAUCCUGCAUUGCGUCUCCAAGGCCCCUAAGUCCCGGAGCCAGAACAAGUCCCCGGGAGGGAGCAAUGUUGUCGCGAGCUUCCCCAUCCCCAGGCCUCCCAGGGGAAAGGCGUCCUCAGUCAACGAAACGAGGAGACGAAUAGCUGUGAUCCUGCAGAAGAGGCUGAGUAACCAGCCCCGAUGAGCGGCCCAGCAAGGUUCCACAUGCGGCACCCCGGGGCUCCCCAGCUGAGGGUGUUAAGGAGCUAGAGGGCUUUAGGUUUAACUUGAAUUCUCCAACAAUCGUGAGAGAAGAUCAGCCCCAGAGAGUCAAAGGGACAUGGAGAGAAAUGGAGAGAGGGCAGUUGGGAUCUUUUUUUUAUAAAGGACCAGAUUUUCAGAGAUUAAGAUUUGGGAGCUCGAUUUAAAAAAAAAAAAAAAAAAAA